AUUAUAGCUGGUCUACAGUGUCAUGUCAAUUUUCUACUGUAUAGCAAAGUGACCCAAUUUAUUUUUAAGCUUAAAGGUAUAUGCAGUAUUUAUCCAUUUUUCUUUUCACACUGAUACACAAAUUGAAAAGUAACAACUUGCCUCAGAACCUAGCUACUCUGUCACCCAGUUUGUAGCCCCAUGCAUUUUCCAUUUGUGCAUUCUUCUCUCUUAGCUAUUAAGCUUUAUGAAAAAAAAAUACUUUAUUCCCUUGUAGUUCUGCCCCACAUUUAUCUUUUGCAUGAGACAACUGAUCCAAAAGUAUAUUUCAUAAAUGUACAGGAAAGCCUCUCCUGUUCAUCCUAACCUGUUCAAUUAAUUCCCAGCUCUGCUGGAUGUACAUUCUGUGUAUUUGGCUUGCUAAAAUCAUGACAUUACCUUCUCCAUAUUUCAGACAGCCAUAUUUUUGCUGUGAAUAAUAGAAUAAGUAAAAGCAUUGCUUCUCUGCCAGUCACCUGCAAAGGUCACACUAAGCAAAUGUGAUUAAAUUUUUCUCUAUUUUAUGACGAUUCUUGGGAAAUAGUUUGGGAAAUGAAAGUAGAAUAUCAGAAACCUUAAGAAGCUGUGGAAACAUACUAUCAACUUCUUCAAUAAAACUGGUCUAGAAGUUUAAGAAACAAUAUUUAAAGAAAGAAAUGCCAGGGAUAUGGCAACAUUGGGUAUUAUGAGUGUAGAUUUUUAGAUCUCACGUCGCUCUGGUUGCACUAAUGGCUUCUUUUUUUGAGUCUAAGUGUUUUGACCUAAAAAGAGAGUCAUGCACUGAUCUCCUGGGAAGAAAGCAAAGUCCAGGCCACAUCUCUGCCAUAUCACAGACCAGGAGGGAUUUCUGGAAGCCACUCUCGGCACUCUCAGUAGCCACCAAUCUCUCCUCUAUAGUGAAUCUCCCUUGAGAAUGGUUACACAUCUUUGUGUCCCAGAGAGGACCUAAAUGUUGACUUCUCCAAACAGUCACUUCCAUUAAUCACAAUUACUUACUAUUUCAUGAGUGAUCAAAUAAUGUGAAAUCACAAAAAUAGAACCCUUAAUGUAUCAAUGAAGAUAUUGAUCUCGAUGAAUUCUUCUGUUCAUCUCUUCCCUUAAAUAUACUCUCCACCUAAAUAUCUUUAAAAGAAGAAAAGAAAGAGAAAAAGAGAAAUGAACCACACGGUGAUCACAGAGUUUGUCCUCUUAGGCCUUUCGGAUGAUCCUGACCUUCAGGUUGUGAUUUUCCUCUUUUUAUUUGUCACAUAUGUAUCAAGUGUCACUGGAAACCUGACCAUCAUCACCCUGACCCUGGUGGACCCCCAUCUACAGACGCCAAUGUAUUUCUUCCUCCGGAACUUCUCUUUCUUAGAAAUCUCCUUUACUACUGUAUGCAUCCCCAGAUUUCUGGGCGCGAUUAUCACCAGGGAUAAGACUAUUUCUUAUAACAACUGUGCAGCUCAACUCUUUUUCUUUAUUUUCAUGGGUGUGACUGAGUUUUACAUUCUAACUGCCAUGUCCUAUGACCGCUAUGUUGCCAUCUGCACGCCUCUUCAUUACACGACCAUCAUGAACAGGAAACUCUGCAUCCUGCUUGUGCUCUGUGCGUGGCUGGGCGGGUUUCUGACCAUUUUCCCUCCCCUUAUGCUUCUCCUCCAGCUGGAUUACUGUGCGUCCAAUGUCAUUGACCACUUUGCGUGUGACUAUUUCCCCCUUUUGCAAUUGUCUUGCUCAGAUACAUGGCUCCUAGAAGUAACCGGUUUUUACUUGGCUUUGGUUACCUUGCUGUUCACCUUGGCCCUAGUGAUUUUAUCUUAUAUGUACAUUAUCAGGACUAUUUUGAGAAUCCCAUCUGCCAAUCAGAGAAAAAAGGCUUUCUCCACCUGUUCCUCUCACAUGAUUGUCAUUUCCAUCUCUUAUGGAAGCUGUAUAUUCAUGUAUGCUAGUCCCUCGGCCAAAGAAAAGGCAUCACUGACAAAAGGAGUAGCUAUUCUCAACACCUCUGUUGCCCCCAUGCUGAACCCCUUCAUCUACACCCUGAGAAACCAGCAAGUAAAACAAGCCUUCAAAGACAUGGUCUAUAAAGCAGUAUUUUCUGCAAGGAAAUGAAUAUUUUGGUUAAAAAAAAAACACACUCUAAAGAGCAUACACUCUCUGUAUAACUACACUUGCUCUUUUUAUUCUCUUCACACUCCGCAUUACAGUUAAUAUAUUUUUCCGAUCCAUUUGUUCCACUUCCAUGCCUAGGAGUGUUCACUGCGUUGUUUACUGACAUUUGGAAAUAUAGUAAAAGUUAUUUCUCCUUCAGAAUUUUGUGGAAAUGAAAUAUAUUUCUUUAGUAGAUAUAUUAUAAUACAAAGUAAAAAAUGGUUUUCAUUCUGUCAAUAUCAAUCCCUAAAAGGUACACAUAAUGUCAAUUGUACUUCUAACAAAGAGUUUCCAAAUUAGUGUGUAAUUUCUUCCAUAUUUUCAAGAUGAAUAGUGAUAGCUUUUUAAGGUUUAAAGACUCUACCUAUUUCAUAUUGUAGAAUACUAAAUUCAAUCCAUAGAUGAAAUAUGUACAGAGCAGUGCACUUUAAAGGAAGCUUUAUUCCUUGUGAAAUUGAGUGCAUAUAUUCAAGAGAAAUAUUGAUCAGGAUAUUGUAUAUUAUUUAUAGAACUUCUGUGUUCUCUGUCACUUUUAUAAAAUGUUUAUUAAACAUUUCAAAGUACAUACAAUAAAACUAAAAUACUGCCACUUUCAUGAAUUCAACGAUCAUACUUAAUGGCAAAUAUUCUGAAUUCUUUGCCUGGUUUUUAUAUACGUCCAUUUCCUUAGGGUCUGUUUUUGGAGAUUUAUUUUAUUUGAUUGGGCUGUUUCCUGUUCCUUCAUGUCCCUUGUAACUUGGUGUUGCUCUACACAUUUGAGAACCAUCACCUCU